UUCACUCUUCCUCCCUUCUUUCUCUUCUUCACCUCGCUGCUUGUCGGGUAAUUGUUCUGCCACAUCUCUGUCACUUUCUACACGAACCGCUCCUCGCAAAGCCUAGCGUUCAGCCGCACUGGACGCGCAGUCGACUAUCAAACUAUAUCGCAAUAUGCACCUUCAGCAAUCGCGUCUUUCAAAAUUCGAAUUGGACCCUGGAUAGCGAGAAACGGUCGCCAGCGACGGCAUAAUCGCUGCUCAAUCUCCGUGAUGGCGAUGCCAUUUAGUCGCGAGUCGUGGAUAUGGUACAUAUGUGCCAUAGGGAUAAUUAUCGCACGACUCAUCGCCCGUCGGAUCCUCUUUCGCUCGCUUAAAGGCCUUCAACUUGACGACUGGACCAUGGGCCUCUUCGUCCUCACCAGCUACACUGCUUUGAUGGUAGUGUCCAACAGAUGGUUCAAGGCUGGAUCCAACCUCGAGUCUCCGGACUUCAACUUCGGCACACUCAACGAUGACCAACUGUCACGACGCACAUACGGCAGCAAGAUGAUGAUUGUGACAGAACAGAUGCAGAUAUCUGUGAUAUGGUCUUGCAAGGCGUGUUUGCUUAUCAUGUACUACCGACUCACCCGUACCGCCUUGCGCAACGAGAACAUCGCCAUCAAACUCCUCUCCGCAUACGUGGCACUUGGAUAUGUGACCAUGCAGAUACUGUAUUUCGCUGUGUGGUGUCGUCCGUUUUCGGAGUACUAUGCCGUGCCAACGAACUCAGUCCAAUGCAACACGUUGGUCGACCAUCGCAUCACAAAAGCUGUCUUCAACAUCUCAUCCGACCUCAUCAUGUUGUCAAUCGCACUGCAGAUGCUCAUUCGUUCGACAUUGCCAUGGAGAAGGAAGCUUGUCCUUUGCGGCAUCUUCUCACUCGGUAUCUUCGUUAUCGCUGCAGCCGCACUGAACAGCUACUACUCUUUCGCACAUCCAUACGAUGACAUGUGGAUGUUCUGGUACGUUCGUGAGUCGUCAAUGGCGAUCAUCGUUGCCAAUAUACCAUUCACUUGGACCAUCAUCCGAGAGCUGUUUGAGGUUGGCGACUUCGACGAAAGCGUGCAGCCAUGGACCUUCCACCCUCAUGCUCGAACGACAAGCGUUGCAACACACACGACUCAUCAAACGGUCUCCUCAGGGCAGCGAGCUAGGACGCGUGAGUCGCCCAUCAACAGCCACGGGAGUAGAGGUACGCAGUCGAUAACACUCGUUGGCUCGAUGUCUCCGGGGAAGGAGAACGGGGAGUCGCCUGCGAAGAGUUUAGCACUGGAUGACAUCGACAGAAACCUUGAGAUACAGGCGGUGCGAUCCCAUGACUUUGCGUCAGUUCCCUCACGCUCGAAUCAAACGGAGGGUAGAAUUUUGAGGCAGUCCGUGGAAACCUCUAGUCAAUAGGACAAACUUCCUGCACUUCGGAUAGGAUAUCAAGUAUGUUGAGGCAAAAUAUGUCGACCGUCAGUACUUCCUAUUGUUCGCUUGAUUUCCCUGAAGAGACGACCGAUGACCGUCGUAUCUGAAUCCAGCCAGAGAGACUGCCUUAUGAGCAAUCCGAAGCUGCCCAGCAUGUCACAAGAUGCCCUUCCUGGUCUUUUUACCCUUUUAGUAUUCCAUCAUAUUCUAC